AACUUUUUUUGUUAGUUUAAAUGUGUGGAUAGCGUUUGCUAAUAUAUUCUCAAGUAUAGACAAACACCUAUAUCAUCUAUCCUUUACUUUACCCUACAAAAAAGCUCACUUAAUUAGUGUCUCCCUAAUUUUUAUUUUAUUUUUUGUAAGAAUGGCUAUCCAUAAUUUCUUCCCUUCAAACACUUUCAAGUUUCUCCUUAUAGUAAUAUUCAUUAAUAUUUUAAGCACAGACCUUGCUAUAACAGAAGAUUAUUUAGAAGAACCAAAAGUGAGGAAAGUAGCGACACCAUCACACUUUGUUCUGGUACAUGGUGCCUGUUUUGGAGGAUGGAGUUGGUACAAAAUUAGAAGUUUACUCGAAAGCGUUGGACAUAAGGUAAGCUCCCCUGACCUUAUAAGCGCCGGGAUUCAACCUUCUGACCCUAAUUCUCUCCAUCAUUUUCAAGAGUAUAACAAACCCAUCCACGAUAUUCUUGCCAACUUGCCCCAAGGUGAAAAGGUAAUUAUAGUGGGGCAUAGUGCUGGAGGAAUCAGUGUCACAGAUGCUAUUCGAAAUUAUCCGGAAAAAGUAGAAGUUGGAGUGUAUACUGUGGGUCAAAUGCAACGCAUAGGAUCUUCUUCCACACCAAAUACAACCAAAAUUAUAUGCAAGGAGAUUCAAAUAAACUUGAGGAUGUUUAUGACUUCUUCUAUGGAGAUGGACCUGAAAAUCCUCCAACAAGUGGCAUUUUCAAGAAGGAAGCUCGACGUGAGAAAAUAUAUCAAUUGGCCCCUUUUGAGGAUGCGACAUUAGCGGGAAUGCUAUUAAAACCAUGCCCAAUUAGAGCUAUGAAUAACAAAAGCCAAGAAAGUAAGUACGUUGAUGAUGUGCCACGUGUUUACAUCAGGACAUUGCAUGAUAAAUUUUUUCCAGUUGAAGAACAAGAUGGUCUGGUCAAGAGUUGGCCACCAGCUGAAGUGUAUACUGUUCCUAGUGACCAUUGCCCAAUGUUAUCCACUCCUUUUGAACUUUUCCAAGUGCUUCAUAAAAUUGCUGCUACCUACAGUACCAAUUUUCUUUUUACUAAAUAAUUAAUCACCAAGGAAAAUAUCAAAAUCACUAACCCUUUAUUUGAAUCGAAAAUUGAAAAGGUUAUGGUAUUAUUUGUAAUUUAUAUCGACUUAAAUCACAAUGUCAAUCCAAUUUUAAUGUAAUUUUUUUGAAUUUACAAGCAUUUUUUUCUCCCUAUUAA